CAUAAAGGACUUUCCGACUGAAGAAGAAAACACAGUAUAUCCUGAAUAUAGUAUAGCAUUUUUAUACUUUGAAUCUUUUUACACCGACAGGAAUUCAGCUUGGCUAAGCUGACAGAUAAAUGAUCCAUUGCAGGGCUUGUAAUUGAAAACGCUGAGAGGGGGUGCACAAUUAAUCUUUUUCCACCCCUGCCUCAAAUUUCCAUGGAGAAAUAGCAGAAAAUUCAGAUAAUAGAUUAGGGCGAUGUUGUUUGGAUGGCGAGGGAGGAGAGGCGAGGAGUUCUCCAUCACUAAUCCCUCUGGCGGUGACUGCAUCUAAAUAACCUGCAGAAAAGGAUAAAGACCUGCAUCCAUCACGGGACUAGCAUCGGGGACAGUGAUUGAUGCCUCGGCCCGCCGCUUUGCCUCUCCCUCCGUGGUCGGGGGUGGGAGGUGACACCCGUACUCGGGAGAAAUAUCUGGGAUAAAACUAUUGGGACUGAGGGAUUCGGGGUACAAUGCACAUCCUGUGUGGAUUUGAAUAGUCCUCUCUCAGGUCUCUUCUGGAUUAUCGGUUCAGAUCGAUAGAAAGUGGUUUUGUGUCACCCACAUUGAGUCCCUGGUUCUCUCCUGUGUGUGCCUGUAGGACCCCGAUCCCCUGCCUUGUGUGCCUGGACCCACCGUGCGGCUUCCUGGCCCCGAAGGUGGCAGUCUGAUGGAUAUUGUGUGUGUGCCAGGCUGUGCGAGCCUUUCCUCCCCACCCUAAGAUUGAUCCCUCAUUACCUCCCAUUCCUUUCUCUUGCCCCCCCCCCCCCCGGGUGCCUCUGAAUAGUUGAAGCUGGCUGGCUCCAACAGAUGGCCACGGCUCAGGACACAAAAGUAAGCGUCUGAAAACAGAAAAGCUGAAAAGUUUUGGCCGCUGGGAGAGCAGGCGAGGCGACAAACGUAAACAGCCAAGAUAACCUCGGUGACAACAUGCUCUGUGGUGACUGAAGAAGAAGAAGAAGAAGAAGAGAAGCGUUGGAGGGUUGGAGUCCAGCAAAAUUGAAUUGUAGAUUGAGUGAACCUCUCUCCUCCCUCUUUCCCUCCCUCUUGUAUUUAUCCAGUGUGAGACCACGCCUCCCUCCUUUCACUUGUCAGUGCGUCUAGAACAGUGAGCUAUCUGCACCGGGGCUGCGCGGGGGGGGGUGAGAGCGAUCCUCACUCUGCCAGCGCAGGCGAGCGGAUCCGAGCAGACCGGACAGGACUAGAUGCUGCGGACUUGCAGGAGCAGAGGGUGGAGUCUAACGCAGAGGGUGGAGUCUAACACAGAGGACGCUUGCUUCAUUUUGAGUCAGGUGGAGGAAGCUAGCUGAAGCUGAAACGAACGAACGACCGAGACGAGGCGAUCGUGAUGGCGGAGCAUCUUACGUUUCUUCUGCUUCUCCUUCUCCUUGGAGGAGUUCUACCAGUGGGUUCCAGCUACCUGUCUGGAUACCGCAUGAGGUCUCGCUUGCAAAGGGACCGACAAAUGCGCAACAUUCGACCAAAUAUCAUCCUCGUCCUGACAGAUGAUCAGGAUAUCGAACUGGGCUCCAUGCAGGCCAUGAACAAAACCCGCCACAUUAUGGAGAAGGGCGGCACGCAUUUCUCCAACGCUUUCUCCACCACGCCCAUGUGCUGCCCGUCCCGCUCCUCCAUCCUCACGGGGAAGUACGUGCACAACCACCACACCUACACCAACAACGAGAACUGCUCCUCGCCGUCCUGGCAGGCCCACCACGAGCCGCACACCUUCGCCGUGCACCUGAACAACUCCGGCUACAGGACGGCUUUUUUUGGAAAGUAUCUCAAUGAGUACAACGGAUCCUACGUUCCCCCUGGCUGGAGGGAAUGGGUCGCCCUGGUCAAGAACUCACGUUUCUACAACUACACUCUUUGUCGGAACGGGGUUCGGGAGAAACACAGCAGUGACUAUCCCAAGGACUACCUGACGGACGUCAUUACCAACGACAGCAUCAGCUACUUUCGGACGUCCAAGAGGAUGUAUCCCAACCGCCCCGUCAUGAUGGUUCUGAGCCACGUUGCGCCCCACGGUCCAGAGGACUCCGCCCCUCAGUACAGCACUGCCUUUCCCAACGCGUCUCAGCACAUAACUCCAAGCUACAACUACGCCCCCAACCCCGACAAACACUGGAUCCUCCGCUACACGGGGCCCAUGAAGCCGGUCCACAUGCAGUUCACCAACAUGCUGCAGCGCAGGAGGAUGCAGACGCUGCUGUCCGUGGAUGACAGCAUGGAGAAGGUGUACGCCAUGUUGGUGGAGACGGGUGAAGUAGAUAACACCUACAUCAUCUACACGUCCGACCACGGCUACCAUAUCGGUCAAUUUGGGCUGGUGAAAGGCAAGUCAAUGCCUUAUGAGUUUGAUAUCCGUGUUCCCUUCUACGUGCGGGGACCGAACGUGGAGCAAGGUGCCAUUAACCCGCAUAUGGUGCUGAAUAUCGAUUUGGCGCCAACGCUGCUGGACAUGGCUGGCGUUGAUAUUCCCGCGGAGAUGGAUGGCAAGUCCAUCCUCAAGCUGCUGGACGCCGAGAAACCAGUCAACAGGUUCCAUUUAAACAGGAAAAGUAAAGCUUGGAGAGAUUCCUUCCUGGUGGAGCGAGGAAAGCCUCCUCACAAGAGAGCCGAUGGGAAGGAAAUGGCCCAGGAGGAGAACUUCCUGCCCAAAUACCAGCGAGUUAGGGAGCUGUGCCAGAAGGCAGAGUACCAGACUUCCUGUCAGCAGCCGGGACAGAAGUGGCAGUGCGUGGAGGACCCGACUGGCAAGCUGAGGCUGUAUAAGUGCAAGGGCAUGGCCAGUCUCUACGCCCCACGGAUGCAGGCCCUGAUGGCCAGCGGCGGCCCCCAGCUGCUUCCCUCCGCCUCUGCCGACAGCUGCAACUGCGGCAUUGUGGGUGUGAAAACAUUGGCCUUGAAGCGAAAGAAACUGCUCACUAAAAAGAAGAUGAAAUCUAUCAAGUCUGAGUCCAGGAAGCGUUGGGCCCGCUCUCUGUCAUUUGAGCUUGAUGGAGACUUGUACGCUGUGGACCUGGAGGACUCCCACCACCAUCCCACGGGCUUCCGGAACAGCAGCGGGCCCGGAGAUGGAAGCAGAGGAUGGGGGCACGGGCUGGACGAUGAAGAGUCCAGUGGCAUGGGGGUCACGGCCAGGCCCACCACGAACAUGAUUAGUCCGCCUUCUGCUCUCAAGGUCACAUACAGGUGCUCCAUUCUGAUGAAUGACACAGUAAAAUGCGAUGGUGGUCUUUAUAAGUCCCUGCAGGCAUGGAAGGACCACAAGCUGCAUAUUGAGCACGAGAUUGAAACCUUGCAGACCAAAAUAAAGAACCUGCGUGAGGUCAAAGGUCACCUGAAAAAGGUGCGGCCGGAGGAUUGUCAGUGUAACACACCCAGUUAUCCCAUGGAGAGCAAAGACAACUUCAUGUUCAGCACCGGCCGUCUGCAUUCACUCAGAGUGCCGUCAAAGCAGAAGGCGCAGUGGCUGCAGAAGGAGCAGAAGCGUCGCAAGAAAUUACGGAAAUUCCUCAAGAGGCUCCAGAACAACGACACCUGCAGCAUGCCGGGCCUCACUUGCUUCACACAUGACAAUCACCACUGGCAGACUGCCCCCUUCUGGACAAUGGGCCCGUUCUGUGCGUGCACCAGUGCCAACAACAACACCUACUGGUGCCUGAGGACCAUCAACGACACGCACAACUUCCUCUUUUGUGAGUUUGCUACUGGCUUCCUGGAGUAUUUUGACCUCAACACCGACCCGUACCAGCUGAUGAAUGCUGUCAGCGGCCUGGACCGCAACGCUUUGAAUUCGAUGCAUCAGCAGCUCAUGGACUUGCGUGGCUGCAAGGGACACAAGCAGUGCAACCCUGAAAAGGGAGGCAAAGAGCGAAACUACUUUAGUGAGUACAGGCCAGUUCAUCGUCGAAAGAGGCCAAAAGUGAAGAAACCUUCCUCCAAAUCGCUGGGGCAGAUUUGGGAAGGAUGGGUGGGUUAACCUGCCCGCCUCCCGCUGCCAACCGCCAACGACAUCCGAUGGACCAUCAACCUGAACUUCAUGCGUCUGGGCUCUGAUUGAUGACGGAGCCACUCCCACCGACAGGAGGCAUCAAGACAGUGGCGAGGAACUCAUUUCAUUCUCAUGUUAACUCCAUCGGCCGAGACCGUCCACGUGAACGGAGGGCUGCCAUUCAACUGACGGGACAGUCGGUAUGCUCCUCAGAGCUCCUCCGUCCCGAUGCUUUGUAGAUAAUUAAGUAUUAGCUUUAAUCAGCUUUCACCCGUGUGACACUGGACUGGGAGGGCGGAGCCGCCAACGCUGCUGCUACUCAUUCACGUCGUUCUGUGGCAACGCUUUUCUUUGUCCGCACGACACUUGUACAAACUUCCUUCCUUCAACUCUUACUGAUGAAUGUCCUCAGUGAACCCGCCUCCUCAAGCCAGUGAGGACGUGAGGCGCGGUCAUCAAACUCCACGCAGUGUUAGCCACACCCUGAAAGGGUACAAUCGUUGGCAGAAUGUGUACAGGUAUUAGCGACCCCCAUCCUUCUCCUUCGGUACGGUCAGUAGCCCACAGUAGAUGUCUCCAUCCAGCUUGCUGUACCAUGGUGCUACAAGAUAACAACACAGACAUCAUGCCCUGUGCUCCACACUACACUUGGUAACUGAAUGUAUGUUGUGCAAUUCAUAUAAAUGUUUACAGUAUUUUUAUAAUAGCGAAGAGGCGGACCUCACUGUGUGAGUUGAAACAAAUGGACUUAUAGAUAGAAGAAUGUAGAUUGAUCAAUUCUGAUGCCUGCAAUUUGUAUGUACCUGCAAUAUGUAUGUCCUUUUUGCUUCUUUACAUGGGAAACGCACUUAAAGGAUUCACUGUGAAUACAUCAACCUGUAAAGUUUAUGAGGAACAACACAACAAUAUCAUGUACUUCAUGAUGGGAUUUUAAUCGAUCUACCUUUUUUCUCCCUCCCCCACUUUGUUCGAUUUUGUUUUAGUGGCAGUCCGUAGGCCUGAGUGCUGGUUGGUAGUCGUUGUGAAUAAAGUGUUGUUUGACCACACUGUGUCCAGCAGAGGUCGCUGUCUGUCCGUUUGAUGCUUUCUUAACGUUCACUUUUACUCCACAGCCAUGCUGAAACAUUGAAAUUAAAAAUAUGAGAUUAUGAUGACAUUUAACUUUGAAAUACUAAAACUGAAUUGUGUUUUU